AUGAUGGUGAUUCGUGUCAUGGUGGCUGACGGAGGCAUGGUUCUGCUUCCCAGUGUAAAAUGUUUGUUUAGACUCGCCGGCUGUGUCAUUCAGGCCGUGGGUUCAUGUAUUAAAUGCAUGGAAAGGUGUAAGACUCCCUGAAAAGUGUAACUGCUUUUGUCAGACUGCAUUCUUCUCAACCUGCAUUAUAUUUCUAGUUAUUUUUAUUCAUUUAGCAGUUCUGACUACUCAGUUCUGACCAGUAGGCUAGAUUUAAGAAUGCACUCCAUUGCUUUAUAAUUGAUCUAAAGUGUAACAGAGGGCUGUGGAAGAUGGUAACUGCUGUGACAGAUUGUUUACGUAAGCCUACAUCCUCGCGGCUACUAUAAGUUUGGGUGUGUGUUUCACGGGGUGAUGGGUAAAAUAUCGUAUUUUACAAUAGUAGUAGAUAAGAAUGUAAAUCUGACCUAAAUCAGCCCUUCUGAGGAUGUCACCAGAGUGAUUGAUUUCUAGGUUUGAUAAGUUCUCUUUUAAUUAACUGUCAGCUUUUCAUGUAGUCAGUUAGUCCACAAUGAAUGCAAUGUCAUACAAAUCCGAUUUGGUGAUUGGAUUAUUCUGCCUACACUCUCCAGGAAAAGCUGAUAGGCUGCCGUAAAACAAACAAACAGUUGUAGUUAAGAAAAACCGCUCAAUAUGGGUCAAAAUGAUGCAGUUCAAAGACACUCUGUUAACUAAUUCACAGAACUAAGGGUCAUAUUGUGUGGCUGGAAAAGUAGAAAACGCCUGCUGAGUUCUGUGAGCUAAGCUUCCUGUUUUCAGUGACUACACUACAGCGUUCCAGAGAGUGCCUGGUAAAAGGGAAAGCCCUAGGCAUCCUGCUCUGCUUUGUGACUAGAGCAUGACUCAACACGGGGGCCCCACAAGGGUGCGUCCUCAUGACCCUCCUGUACUCCCUGGCCUCACACAGUUCCAACUCCAUGACCGUAGUAGGCCUGAUCACCAACAACGGCGAGACGGCCUACAGGGAGGAGGUAGGCACUCUGACGGCAUGGUGCCAGGUAAACAACCUCUCCCUCAAUGUCAGCAAAACAAAGGCGCUAAUUGUGGACUUCAGGAGGAACCAGGCUGGACACGACCCAAUCCUCAUCAACGGGGCCGUCGUGGAGACAGUCAAACACUUAAAGUUCCUCGGUGUACACUUCUUCGAGGAGCUGAAAUUGUCAAACCACAUGGACACCAUGGUGAAGAAGGAACAACAGUGACUCUUCAAACUCAGGGACGCUGAAGAAAUUCGGCCUGUCCCCGAGGGCCCUCCCAGUGUUCUACAGGAGCACCAUCGAGAGCAUACUGUAGGGCUGCAUCACAGCCUGGUACAGAAACUCCACCGCCGCUGACCGCAAGGCUCUACAGACGGCGGUAUGCUCAGCCAAACACACCAUUGGGUGCACACUGCCUGCCCUGCAGGACACCUACAACACCAGGUGUCGCAGGAAGGCCAAGAAGAUCAUCAAGGACCGCAGCCACCUGAGCCACGGCCUGUUCUCCCGACUUCCAUCACUCAGACAUAGGCAGUAUAGGAGCAUCAUGGCAAAAACUGACAGACUGGCCAAUAGCUUCUACUCCCGGACCAUCAGGCUGCUGAAUAGCCACCACUAGGCAGCUAACUGCUCCCCCUGUCCCCUGGACUUAUCCCACCCUCCAAUGGACAUUUAUCAUUGUUACAGUUGUAAAUAUGUAUGUUAUUAUUGAUAUUAUUGUUUCAUUCACUUCUCUUUUUGACCUGCACUGCUCGGAGCUUAAGAAUUUCACUGUACCAUGCAUUUACAUCUGCGACUAUGUGCAUGUGACUAAUAAACUCAUCUAAUCACAUGACUGGAGAUGGAGAGGGUCACCCAUUGUUACCUGAGCCGUGUUGAGAUGACACCAGCUCUUAGAUCUGGGCUGUGAGACUGACACUGUCUCAGGGGCCAAGCAAUGCCUCAAGCAGCAUAGGUCAGUACAGCGCCAGGCCACACACUGCCAAGGCAGCGGAGUCAAUCAACAAUAAUAUUUUAACUUUGACGUCCAAACCUCUGAACCCACUUCAUUUCCCUACCUCGUCACUCCUCCCUGCUUCCCUCUUAGGGCCAGAUCAUUUCCCUACUUCCUCACUCCUCCCUGCUUCCCUCUUAGGGUCAGAUAAUUUCCCACUCCUCCCUGCUUCCCUCUGGGCCAGAUCAUUUCUCUUCCUCCUCCCUGCUUCCCCUUAGGGUCAGAUAAUUUCCCACUCCUCCCUGCUUCCCUCUGGGCCAGAUCAUUUCUCUUCCUCCUCCCUGCUUCCCCUUAGGGUCAGAUAAUUUCCCUUCCUCCUCCCUGCAUCCCUCUUAGGGUCAGAUCAUUUCCCUUCCUGCUUCCCUACCUCCUCCCUGCUUCCCUCUUAGGGUCAGAUCAUUUCCCUUCCUCCUCCCUGCAUCCCUCUUAGGGUCAGAUCAUUUCCCUACCUCCUCCCUGCUUCCCUACCUCCUCCCUGCUUCCCUACCUCCUCCCUGCUUCCCUCUUAGGGUGACUUUCAGACAGCAGCUUCCUUUUUUUUCUUUUUUCAGAGUGCCUGCCCUGGUGUUGAGAAGCGCUUACGGACAUUCUUUAAGGUUAACAAAAGUUUCGGUAAGCGUUCUGGAGAAGUCCCAUUUUGUGAGCAAUCAGGGUUCAGGCAGACAUAAAUCCACAGGGUUGUCCAGGCAUUACAAAUACCCCAGUAGGGAGGACUCCUGCCUGUAUUUGCUGAUGACUACAGAAUCGUAAAGCGAAGGCCAUAAUAAUUCUGAGGCAAGUUCCCCUCAGCAGAAGGUAUUGAUUAUUUGUGUGUGGUGAGAGAUUUGGAAAAUUCAAUUAAAGGAGUUGUGCAAAGGAUUCGUAAAUUCUCCCUCCGACCAGUACAGAGAUAUUGUUAUGUUCUAAAUCAAUGUUGCACUUCACAAUAUAUUUUCUUAGAAGCAUAAAAAUAAAUAACAUUUAAACAGAUCUGCUUACUACAGAAACACAUUUUAUUUUCUCAGAAGCAUUUAGUCAUGGGCAACCCACUGACACGCUGGGCAGUAACAUAUUUUUAUUGCCAUUUUUCCAUAAGAAGAUCCUAUAUAAUAUGAAUUUUGAGAUGUAAAAAUGAAAACGGGGGCUGCUCAGCAAUAUAAAAAUUGAUCAGGCCAUAGAUGGGUCCAUGUUGGGGAAGAUUUGUAUGUCAGCACAGCAGUAAUGGGGUGUAUUAAAGACAGGAUUCCUUAAAUGUAAUAAAAGCGAUGGGGUGGUGUCCCAGGUCCGGGGCUAAGGCCCGGCCUCACCACCAUCUAACACAUCAAUCCUCUCUUCCUCAGACACAUGCCACCUGCUUGGUUGGAGUUUUAGGCUUUUUGAUUAAACACACAGCUGUAAUUAAAAAACAGAGCUAUAUAUUAUAUUAGAGGCUGUUUUGAUGAAAACUGAAGCCUGGCUGCACUCAGUUCGAUCCCCAGAGGUAGCAGACUACGCAUUCCUUCAGAUAUGAUUUCCGUCGUUUGGAUUUUGUCCUCCAGUGAAAAAUAUAUAUAUAUAUAUUUUAAAUCUCCCUCCGGUAAUAUUAUUACAACUUUAAUCAAUUAGGUGAGUAUUUAACAACAAAUAUCUGUAUUUCACUAGUAAAUCAAACCACUUAAGCCUACAGAUUUGUCUGGUUGUGAACGGUAGCGCUCUGAGAGAAGUUAGUACUGUAUUUAUUCCCUGAGUGAUGAAUUAUUUUCUCUACAGGUGUUGUCCAGACUGGCAGCUCCUCUGACUUCCUGAAAUCCAUAAUGGGCUUAUAAAGGUACAACAACAACAGAUGGAGCCUAUAGCUUUAUCUCUCUUUUUCUAAAUCAAGUUUAAAGAUCCAUUAUACUCUAACACACAGUGUGAAAUUGUCAUCACACAUUACUUCUUUGUUUGCUCCUACUAUAGCUACAUGAGUCACUAGUCAAUAUGUCUUCCUAUUGUGUGGUGAUAUUGCAUUACUGUGUAACAGACAGCUGGGUUACACUCAUGUUUUCCCCUGUGACGUCCCCCUGCAGGUUUCUGCUAUGAGAGCCGCUCAACUGAACUCUCAACAGAACGACACGGAAAAUGGAAUAGCAGCUCUGCCUUCUUUCAAUCUAAGCUGUCAUUUGUGAGGCAGAGAGACGUCUCGGAGGCUGCCUGUCAGUCAGAAAGUAAAAAGGCAGCCUUAGACAUCAGACACGUUUACACUGAGCCCUGUCUGCUGGAGAGAGCCUCUCCCUCACCGCUGACAAAUGUUGACUCUACAAUAACUGCCGCUAUGCAGCUCUGCGAAAAUGUUCUUUCAUUGAGCGAACGUCCUCGUCCCAUUAGACCUGAUGCUAUAUGAAAUCCACCCCCACCAUUUCCUCUAGCUACCUCGAAAGGUAAAGGAAACCGGAAUAGAGGCUCUGAUGAGAGGCUACUGCACACACACACCCUUCGUUCUCUGGGCCGAGGGCCUCUUGCAGCCUGAGCGACCUAAGCAACAGCUGGUGUGCACAGGCACAUUUCCUAUUUCUGCCCAAGGUGGAUCAUAUAACUCUCACUUUAUCAGCCUUGGAGGCCGUGUGAAGGACAAAGCGAGCACGCCCAUAAACAAAACUAAAUGUUUUCAUACUGGCCCUCUGGAGGUGGGAGAGGGCCCCCUUAGCGGUCUUACCCCCUCCCCCGCCCGCCACCUCUCCCACUACUCCAACCCACCACCUCCAGCUUGCCUCCUACCCCCAUCACCUUAGACCUCUACCCCACUAACCCUUUCCUCCUAGAGGGUCCCACGUCCCCCCGUCGCCAGCCCACCACUCUUCAUUUGACUGUGGUGCAUGAAGCGGAUGCGGCAGUGACGUUACCCGUGACUCGUCCUCCAUGUUAAACUGGAGCAUUGCAACCCGUCUGUCUAGAGACUACCUUCCUCCCAGUCGAUCCACAGUAGUAAUGUUAAAGCCACAGGCCUCUGCUUAUCUCAGCCUUCCCUCUCUGGUGUUCUAGGAUGCAGGGCCAGGCCAGCGGCUGCAGAUAUACAGCAUAGCAGCCGGCCCUCAGUGACCCGAUAA